UUAUUCAUCCGCAAUCACAUUUUCUCUCACCACAUUCGACAACCUUUCGUAUUUUCAAUCGCUCCGUUACUGGAAACUGAAUGGGAAAAGAGAGAGGCACUUGGAGGAGAAAUUAAAUGUGGAGCCUUGCCCUCCUUCUUAGAAAUAAUCGUUAAAAAUCAGAAUUUGAGUCAAUUGUUAUAAGGGUUUUGGCUGUUGUCGAUCCCCUGUGCGCCGUUCUCCAUUUUGCAGUAAGAUCGACAACACUCUCGACGUCAAUUUCGCCAUGGCCAGUAAGCGUGACAUGCAAAUGUUUCUUUCAUCUUCAUCUCCAUAACUCGAUGAUUUCUUUAACUAUCUCUUACAGAGAAGCUGCUUUGAGAAGGAAGAACAACAUACCCCCUAUUAAGGUGUUCCUCUUGAAAUUUUCCUCAAAUGUCAGUAACUAUCUUUUCCAAAAGAGAUCUACAUUUGAAGAUCUCACUAUCCAUUUUAUAAGAAGUGAAAGGAAGGCAUAAAGUCCUCUCGACCAUUUCUUCUUCUCUGCAACGUUACACUAAACUUUCACCUUUCAUCGAGCUAUGUUCUUCUCAGAUGUCAUCUUCUACUCCGACGACGUGUUCCUCAUUGUCCUCUUCCGCUCCGGCCUUUUAUGUGGAGAGGUUAAUUUUCUUUGAACAAAAAAAGAUACCAGCUCAAACAUCUUUGUUCAUCUCUUACAAGUUGGUGUCACUCCAAAGUCCAAAAUCAUAUGUGAGGAGGCCAAGAAUUGCCAUAUAUUUACAAGUUUCAAUGCAGAGCUCUCUUAUAAGGUCAAAGCUGAUUUGUUGUUGAAUGUAACAAGAGUGGGAAAGGGAAAGACCUAAGCCAGGUGGUACAACUCCUAUUGAAGAGGAUGAAGAGGAAGAAGAGAAGGAAGAGGAAAAAGAAAAAGGACGAUUCUAAGAAGUAGGACAACAAUAGUGCCGUAAAUGACUUUUUUUCCCUUAAACUAUCUUGAUAUGUUACCAAGAGUUACUUGCUAUUUUUUUAAAAUUACGGGUAUGCUAUGAACAUCAUGUUAUUGCAUCAUAAAGUUCGAGCUUUCUUAGUUUGUCUAGCCACCAUUGCAAUGCAUACCCUUAUAUUCAA